AUGUCCGCCAUCCAAAAGAACGUCGAGCAGACCUCCGAGUCGUACUCUGCCUCUUUUACCCAAGGGCACUUGGCUCUGCCCCCGGCGAAGAAAUAUCUUGUUUUGACUUGCAUGGACGCGAGAAUUGACCCUGCGAGGGCGUUUGGGAUUGAGCUUGGUGAUGCGCAUGUUAUCCGCAAUGCCGGCGCCAGCGCGGUCGACGCCCUCCGCUCCAUCGUCAUCUCGGAGCAGCUCCUCGGCACGAACGAGAUCGUCCUUGUCAAGCACACUGGCUGUGGGAUGCUGACGUUCAAGAAUGAGGAUGCUUAUGGGAUUGUUGAGAAGAAUCUUGGUGAGGAAGCCGUGGCUGAACUCAAGGCCAAGAACCUUGACUUUUUGCCUUUCCCCGAGCUGGAGAAGGCGGUUGAGGACGAUGUGGCUUUUCUGAAGGCGAGCAAGCUUGUGCCUGAUAGCGUGACGAUUAGUGGGUGGGUUUAUGAGGUUGAGAGUGGGAAGACGAGGAGGGUUGUUUAA